CCGCAGCAGCUGUCACAUGACUGAAUCUUCUGCUCGUUACUUCCUGUUCCUUGGUUGUUUUUCCUGCAGGAGAAUAUAACGGAUUGACUAUCUCUCCAGCACCGUACCUUUUAUCCAGAAGCCUGCUAGUCAGGACUGGAGAGGAAUACAACUAUCAAGCUGGAUAUAUAUUGAUUAUUCAUUAGUUAUCCUAGCUGCAGAGAGAUGCCCAUCGGAGGGGCGGGUAGCUAGUUCACUAGAUUAAUAUACUACACCGCCCGCCCUUUUGAUUGAGAAAAUAAAACAAACGCAGUACUUUUUAUCUUUUAGCAAAGGCGUGAACAGCUGCUUUUUUCCGGUAACAUAAACAGAAAGCGGUGGCUACAUGACGUUAGCCAUCUUUUCCUAAACAACCAGUCAUCGACAUGUCAAAAUACACGAGCUUUCCAGAGCCGAUGGAAGACCACAACCCUUUUCAGGAUCCUGCAGUGACUCAACACAGCAGCAACACAGGAUAUGCCACACUGGAUCUUUACAACCCAUUCGAUAAUAAUACCAACGCGGCUGGGCCGCCACCACCAUAUGAAGCCACCUCUCCUUCUGCCCCACCUGUGCCUGCGCAAACCCCACCCAGCAGGACAACACCCACAGAGCCCCGCAACUAUGGCUCCUACACGAACCAGACUGCCGUGAAUGCAACCACAGCGGAGCUCCUAAGGAAGCAGGAGGAGCUGGAGAAGAAGGCCCGGGAGCUGGAGAGGAGAGAGAGGGAGCUGGAGUCACACAGCCUUGGACCUGGAGCCUCUCGUCAGAAUAACUGGCCCCCGCUGCCGGCAUUCUGCCCUGUAGGCCCCUGCUUUUACCAGGACAUCAAUGUGGAGAUCACGCAGCGCUUCCAGCGCACCGUCACCAUCAUGUACUACUUCUGGAUGUUCUGCACAUGCACUCUUCUCUUCAACCUGGUUUCCUCCUUGGCCAUGUUCUGCGUGGACCCCUCCGGCGGUGUAGGCCUUGGCCUCGCCAUCCUCUGGGCCCUCCUCUUCACCCCCUGCUCCUUCGUGUGCUGGUACAGACCUGUGUACAAAGCAUUCAGGAGUGACAGCUCCUUCAAUUUCUUUGUCUUCUUCUUCGUUUUCUUUGCCCAAGUGGUGACCUACGUCAUCAUGACUAUCGGUAUCCCUGGAUGGGGUUUCAGUGGAUGGAUCGUGAGCCUGGCUGCUCUGAAGACCAGCGUCCCUGUUGGUGCGAUCAUGAUGAUGAAUGCUGUUCUCUUCACUGCCCAAACUGCCAUGGGGGUUUUCAUGCUGAAGAAGGUGCACAGUCUGUACAGGCAGACCGACGCCAGCUUCCAGAAGGCCCAGGCUGAGUUUGCUACCGGAGUCAUGUCCAAUCAGGCCGUGCGCCAGGCCGCUGCUACUGCCGCAACUAGUGCCGCCACUACUGCUGCACAGGGGGCUUUCACCGCUCCUCGAUAGAGAGGAAGGAGAGGAGGAGGAGGAGGAGGAGGAGGAAGAGGGCCCUUUCAGCUGGAUAGAGGAUCAGUUUGGUAUCUAUUUCCCCACAAGUGAUUAGAAUUAAAUGGUGGGCGGGGGGGUGGGGGGGGCUUUAUAAUUACCCCUAAGCAUAGGAGCUCCAGGGCACAUGCAUGAGACAGAGGUAGGGUUGUCUAAUUCUAAAGGUGUACAGGACUAGUAAGCUAAGUCUCCGAACCAUGAGUGAAAAAUAACAGAAAGAUGAAGGUGAAAACAAAAGGGUGCUGAAGCUGUGUAAAAUUUUGUGCAGUUUGUGUCAGUGAAUGCAGGGAAAACACUUCUUUUUUUUUGUAUGAAAACAAAAGCUGUGUGCCAUGUGGGGGGCAGUUCUGGUUGGAUGUUCCCCAUUUUAACUAACUCGGUUGUAGAUUGUGUUAAUGAAGAGCCUUGUUUGAGACAAAGUCCAGAGCUGAGCACUGAAAUGCCGCCAUACUAACAUCCGAUCCUUACCUGAGCAGCUUCGCUUUUGUUUUGUUUUUUCACUGUAAAAACUAACGAGUUUGUUUUUGUUAUUAUUAUCAUUAUUGUUAUUUCUUAUGAGAAUGCCAACUUACAUUAUUGCCAAAACUCCUCAAACUGUAAAGAUUAUGAACAUGUGUUUGGGUUUUGAUGUAUCUGUCAUUGUUCUGUUGGUGUUGCUUGUGGUUCAUAUGAUUAUUACAGGUCACUGUCUUGGUUUUAAUAAAAAUAUAUUGUCAUGCAUA